CGCCAUUACAAAAUGAAGCUACUGUUCGUCGUUGCCAUGGCCGUAGUGGUGGUCCUUGCGCAGGAUACCACCUACACCAGCAAGUACGACAACAUCGACAUAGAGGAAAUUCUCAAGACAGACCGCCUCUUCACCGGCUACUAUAAGUGCCUCAUGGACAUGGGACCGUGCACGCCGGAAGGCAACGAGCUGAAGAAACACCUACCGGAUGCGUUGGAAACGGGCUGCAGCAAGUGUACGGAAAAGCAGCGCGAGCUGGCUGUGAAGGCAAUCAACUUCCUGAUUGAAAACCGUCCGGACGAGUGGACCGCCUUGAGGGCUAAGUAUGAUCCGGAAAACAAGCUGGUCGAGAAGCUGCGAGACAUUGCCAUCGCUGCCGGUAUCAAGCUGUAA